UAGUGAAUUAAAUUAUAUAUUUAAAACAAAAAAAAAAAAAGAAGAAGAAUGAAAAUUAGAUUUUUUAUAUUUAUGUAUUAUUGUAUUUAAUUUUUUUCAACAAAUUUUAUAAUUAUGAAAUAAAGGAAAAUAUUUUAUUUAAUUGUGAAAAAAAAACAAAACCUUAAAACUUGCAAGAAAGAGAUGUAAAAAUUACACACAUCGUACGAUAAAAUAUAUAUAUAUAUAUUUUUUUUAGUGUAGAAAAGAAGGAAAAGAAAAAUUUUUCUUAAUAAAUUAAAUAUUAGUUUUUGUUAUUUUUUUUAUAUUGCAAAUCAAAAAUAUCCAACAAAUGAAUUUUCACAAAAUCUUAUAAGACUAAAGGACACAAAUUGCACAAAAUAAAAACAAAAAGAAAAGUAUGUAUCCCGCGCUAAAAUAUAGAAUUUUUAAGAGAAAAUGCGCAAAUUAAAUGUAAAUUCGGCAAUGCCACGACCACAAAGAUCUACCCCACAGGCAAAGAGAGUUCCACCGCCUGCUGUACCAACAAGUGAAAUGAUUCACCAUAGAAAGGAUAAUGAUGGAUCAGGAAAUGAUAAAAAUUUGGUCAGUGGAUAUUCAUCUAUAGAGGAUGGUGGCUUCACACAAACACGUGAUUGUCCGGCUGCACUAUCUGCAAAAGAGGAAAUUAUAGAAUUUAAUACAUUACAAUCGAAUUCUGGGACUGAAAUAGUUGUUGGGCAUAAUAAGAGUCCUAAUAAUUUAAAUAAUAGUUCAAAUAAUCCUUAUAUAACACCAAAUGCCUUUACAUUCCCUAUACUUGGUCAUAGAAGUGGUGAACCGUUAACACAUAAAGCAGCAGUAUACUAUCACCAGCAAUUAGCACUACAAGAAGAUCAAGGAAUUGAUUUAACACAAUCGCCAGGACGUGAUAGUCCUGGUAGCUCGUCUGGUUCAGCUGGUUCAGGUUCAAGACAUUCUACUGCAAGUUUAGAUUCAGGACGUGCAUCAUCGUAUAUAACAUCAAGUGGCACAGCAUCGACACGAGGUGCAUUAUCAUCGCCAAGAUGUAGUGUUAGUUCUUGUUCAAUCGGUAGUGUGGAUCGUAUGAGUCAACGUAGUGACAAUGACAUAAUAACUGAUUGGUUAAUUGAUAUAAAAUUUGAUGAAUAUAUUCAGUUGUUUACUGCUGCUGGAUAUGAUUUACCAACAGUUGCAAGAAUGACACCAGAAGACUUAACAGCUAUUGGUAUAAAAAAUCCUCAACAUAGAGAAAGAAUUAAACAACAUAUUGAUAAUUUGCAAAUACCAGAUGGUUUGCCAAAUUUUGUGCCGGGUUCGAUAGAAGAAUGGUUACGUUUAUUACGUUUGGAGGAAUAUAUCCAACCAUUAUUAGAACAAAACUAUAAAACUGUACGUGAUGUCACACAAGUAACAUGGGAGGAUUUAGAAGAUAUUGGCAUUGUUAAAUUGGGGCACCAAAAAAAAAUUUUACUUGCUAUUAAGAGAGUUAAAGAUAUAAUUAGUGGUAAAUGGAAAAUGAAAGGCGGUAAUAAUUAUCAGAAUCUGCCACAGUAUUAUCCGGUACCACAGCAACAAGAAUUCUCUGAAUUUUUGAAUUCCUCAAAUUAUAUGAAUUAUCAGAAUGUGUAUCAAUCUCGGCAAUUGCAAUCACAUAACUUAUUGGAAUCGAAUUCUCGAGCUUUAUUCAAAAACGAUACCACUUGUUGCCAAAAUGUAAAUUACGUUGGUAAUUCAACCGAUACAACAUGUAAUAAUAUUUAUACAACACCUUCUCCAACAAAUGGAGUUAAUAAUAAGUACCUUCAAACAGUACUACCUAAUUCAUUUAGUAAUACAAUAAGAAAUCAAACAAUACAAGAUGAAUGUAGUAAUUGUGAAGAACAACAGCAACAACAACAAAAUAGAAAUCGUGUUUCCUGGGGAGAUGAUUCCUUAAUUAGAAAGCAAACAGUUUUUAAUGAUAAUUUUAAUCAGUUAAUAAAUAAUGAUGAAAGUAAUGAUGUUGUACUUAUAAAGAUUCGUCAUCCCCGUGGUAAAAGUUUGGAGUCCUUAGAGGAUUUAAGUGAACGUAAUAUUAGGACACAUUUAACAUUUAGUCAUUAUUCAACUGAUUACACGUAUUUUCCUCAACAUAUGCAAGUACAUCCUGCACAACAAUUCCAGCAACAACAUUUACAAAUGCCUGAUAUUAGUAAGAAUGUCUGUAUUAACCCAAAUUUUCCAUAUCAUCUUGCUACCACGCAAUGGAGGCGAUCCUAUGAUGAUGGUGAUAUAACUCCUACUAAUGAAAUAAGUGCCAUAUCGGGUACGUCAAUUGAUUUAAUAGAAGGUGGCGGAACUUUACCUAGGCAAAGAGGAGGCAGUGCAUCAGCUCGUUGUCGCCUUUUGGAACGUAGUUCGGCUACACCUUCGCCAGUCAACAUGACUGGGUCUGGUAGCAAUGAUAACAAUAUGUCUCCUGGAACUGGAAAUAAUUGCGGAAUUCAAGGUGGAAGAAAUAAUACACAGCAUAUGAUAUCUGGUUUAAAUUAUAAUUGCAUAGCACCGCAAGAUAAUAUUAUUUUAAUGUCGAAUUCAGUCCGUUAUACAACUGGUAAUAGUCCAUUGACUAGUAAAAAACCUGCUCCAGAGCCUCCAAGGAGGCAAUGUAGCAUAAGACAAACUGGAAGAUCGGCCAGUCUUCAAGAACCAUCGUCAUUAGUACCGGUAAUGGCUAGUAUUUCACUUCAACAACAUUCAGCAUAUUUUCCGCAACAGCAACAUUUAACUGCUGGAAAUUGUGCUUUAAUACAACAAAAUACAAAUCCCACCAGUAAUCGAAAUUUACAACCAUUUCAACAACCAAAAAAUUGCCAUUUACAAUCCCAACAAAAUCAACAAAAACCAUCCCAACAGCAACAACAGCAGCAGCAACAACCUAUUUAUGUUAACUAUUCUAAUAUUCAUCAAACAAAGGCUGAAGUUCAUUGUGAACAAACCCACGAUAGCAAGAGCUUUCAAUCGAACUCAAGUAUUGAUUCAAUUGAUACAAUACCAUUUGCCAAUGAAAAUACUGGUACUAUUAAACAACGUUUACUCAAUCGUCAAGAAAUAUCAUCAUCAUUAUCACUAUCUUCAUCAUCAUCCUCUUCUUCAUCAACAAAUACAAUUGCUAAUAUAGCACAAUCGUUUCAUUCAUUAAAAUCAUCGGGAUCUCUACAUGAAACAACACUUCACGGCUUAAUAAGUGGUGGUGGUAGUGGAGGUAAUAGCGGAAGUGGAAAUUGCAGUAGUAAUAUAUUAAAUAGUGUUAACAAAACGAAUAGUUGUGCUGGUAAUAUUGGAGAUAUUGAAAUUACGAAUAAUGAUGCCCCUUCACCAUCGAUUCCAAUAUAUUCGCCAAAUGAAGUCACAUCUUCUAUUGGUAAUGUGGGUGCUGGGACUGCACUAGGAGUUUGUGUCGAUAUUUCAUCAAUAUCAUCACCACCGCCAUUGUCGCCAUCUUCAACAGCAACAGCAAUAGUACCAUCAUCAGUGAUAAAUUCAGCAUUAUCUGCCAAUAUUUCAAAUACAAAUCAACAACAGCAGCAACAACAACAACAAAAUGAUUCAGUCAAUGUUCUUAACGACAUUGGAAAUAUGUUAGCAAAUUUAACUGAUGAGCUUGAUGCCAUGUUAGAAGAAGAAAAACGUGUAGGUAUAAGUGAUAGCGAAUAAGUACAUUAAAGAAUAAUUAGAUAUUAAAAAAAAUAAUAAUAAAGAAAAAAAUAAAUAACUAAUAAAAUCCACAUAAUACGUACAUUAAUAUACUAAUGAAUUCAGAAUGAGAUAAUAUUGUAAAAUUGUAUAAAACUAUAUUACUAUAGUAAAUAUUUAAAAUAACUUUAAUUAUAUCGUAAGAAUAGAUAUAUACAUAUAGAUACAUAUAUAUACAUAUAAAUUUUAAUAAUAAUCAUAAAAAAAAUGUGGAAAACACUAAAUUAAAUAAUAGCUAUAUAUUUUGUUAUAUUUAUAAGUACUUUAUGAACUUACCUAUAUACAUAUUUCAAUACAUUAUGAC